AUCUUUGUUUGGUACGAAGUUAUCGUUCAGAAAUCUCAGUUUGUUUCACUAGAUUGUAGAUACACACCAUCAGCCACUCGCAGUCGCAUUUGAUGGAGAAAGGAGAGAGUGUAUUGGAAGCUAUUUCUGAAGUAGACGAAGUGGCUGAAGAUGUUGAGAUGGUUGAUGUGGAAGAAGGAGAGUUGCUUGAGCUUAACCCACAAAUUGGUCAGGGACAAAGCAGUGGUGGUGGGGGUGUAUGCGACACUAUUGGAAUUCAUGCUUUGCACAGCAAAAACCGCGGGCGUAGGGAAAAUAAGAAGAAAAAUAGGAAAAAGAGAGGUAGUCUAGGGCCAAAUGUGACAGAUAUAAACAGGUUUGUGGUAGAUACUUGUAGACGCCUGAAAGAGAAAAAACUCCUACAUGGUGUUUCUGGGGAUGACUCUGACCUUACCCCUCCCAAUAUUGCCUUCUUUUCACACCCGAUGACAAUAUUUUUAGAAACAAACCACUCUUUUCUUUUGGUAUGGACAAGUAUUUGUUACUGGGUUCCUGAUAGAAAAGGUGGAUGCAAUUCAGUCUUGUGA